CCGACUGCCCCGCUAAACCUCCGAAAGACGCGUCUUGGCUCCGUGAGACGCGUCCCGGAAACGUCCCACCUAUUCACGCCCGCGCCGACUCCUCCCCUCCGUCUCUUCGGCCCCGUGACUCGGUCAAUCGGCGAGGGAACUACAGGCAACUCCAGCGGCAUUUUACCGCCUCCAACUUCUUUUGCCUCUGCCUGACUGCCCUAUUGCUGUAUUGAAUGCGCGUGGCGCAAGAACGUCAUGGCUCCCGCUCAUGAUGAGAUACGCCUACUCGUUCGCGAUGUUGUCGAGGCUUCAAAACUCCCGACCAAAUCUCGCACCUCGGAUAUCAAACCUAUCGUGGCCAGUCUAACUUCACUCUCCUAUGAAUGGGGUGUCCUUCCCGACACUCUCGACGACUUGAUCAACCUCGUCACUACGCCGAGUCACCUGGACCAAGCCAGUCUCGCGGCUAUUACGAGGAAUCUCUACCCUGCUGCACCAGUGUCUCAUGAAGUUGUCCUUCGGGUCGUCUCCUGUCUUGGCCACGGCAAGAUCAAGCCAUCCCUGCCUCUGCAAGCAACACUGUUGAGAUGGCUCAUCAUGGUUUACCAUGCCCUCAAAGCUCCCCAAAUUCUCUCGCAAGCGUAUCCCGUUCUCUUCAAUCUUCUUGAUACCGCUGCAACUCGACCAAACCUCAGUCAUCUCCUCGCGCUUGUGACUCGGCGCAAACACGUUCGGCCGUUCAGGAUACAGGCACUUCUUAAUCUUUCAAGACAGACAGGAAAUGAUCCUUGUUUAAUUGGUCUCCUAAGGGUUUUCAAGGACUACUAUCCCGAAGUUAUCGUCGGGGAAGCCGUGCGAGGCAGGGCAUCUGCUUUCAAGCACCCAGACCCCCAAUGGCGUGAACGGCUAGAUGAAAUCCAAGAAGCGCAUCUACAACAAUCCGAAGACAGCCUCACUCGACCACGGGAUGGUUUCCGAGUUCAUCGACCCCUCACCCGAAGUCAACGCAACAAACUCAUCCCCCUCGUCCAUACAUCCCAUGCAACCGAGGAUUCGGUGACCCUGGAAGAGAUUGAAGAUACCACUGGUUUCGUCCGGAAUCUGGAAAAGAUUGAGCUACCGAAUCAGCUCGUGGCUGUCUUGGCCGAUCCUCUCCUGCAGAAACUGAUUUUAUUACGACCCAGUGACGAGGCGGACCAGCGGAUAGCCAAUUGGCUCAACUCGGCGCUCCAGGAUGUCAUCGACGGUGAUGCUGAAGAGGCCAUGCUUUUUGAUGUCUUGGAUAUCCUCAGGGAUUAUGUCGUGUCGUCUAAGAAACUACCUCCGCUCAUACUAAACUUCUUUGCUCGCUUUCUUCCUUUGUGGAAUGGCUCUGGUCGACGGGAUUCUAUGUUCGAAAUCCUCUCCUAUUCUCCCUUCCUCGACUUCCAAGAGCUGUACCAGCACAUUUUCCAACCCUUGGAAAAUGCAACGCUUGACAAUACACCAGAAUCCCAGCUGGCUCUUCUUUCUUUGUACAAUAAUCUACUUCACCACUGGACCAGCAUACUCCAGUCAAACGACGACGUGCCUGGAAAUGCCACUGGGAUUGUCACCGCGCUCAUAAGCCAUGUUAACCCGCUUGCUCUCACGCUCGCCCAAACCUCCCCAACCAUAUCUACCCGCUCAGCGAUACUCGAGUUCUACGAGCAAAAUGUCCGUCUCGUCUCUCAUGAUAUCCUAAAACAGUACAUCUGCAUAGAACUUCCUCCCCCUGCGCUCGUCUACAUUCUACUCUUUAGCAGUUCGCUCGCCGUCGUCUCACGCAUGUGCAGCAUACUCGCGUGCUACCGGAAGGGCUUCGAUAUUGCCAUGCAGACCAAGGCACGCCACAAUUCAAGCAACCGUAUUGAUACCGCGUCGUACAAUAGGACGUACGUCGAUCUCUACAAUGGCUUCCUCAUGGAUGUUUGCAAUUGCUUUUGGCGGGGACGCGCCUUCACGGACAACGACACCAACGCGCUUGGGUGUAUGGUUCCGCGAUCCUUGGUCCCCGCUCUCACCACAUAUGUCUCAUCAGUAGACAAGACCUUUUCCCUUGAUUCGAUUUUCGGUCUGUCAUACUCGCCUGUACUCUGUUUGCAGAGUAUCCGAGUGGUGCGAGAACUCGAGGACGCUGGGAUGGAGAGGGACCAGUCAAUCAGAACUCGACACGCCGGGCCAGUGACGCAGAACAGCCUGGCUCGUCUACCCGGCUCUGGCGGGAUAAACCUCAGCUGGAAAGACUACCGCGUCGAUGUGUUGGCAACACUGAGUGCCAAUGAACUUCCGGGAAUUACCGAACUCCUCAAAAACACGAUGAAGGUUGUGAGGAGCCUGAUGGAAGGCAGGGCAACCCAAAGUUCGACGCAAUGAGUCUACUAGGAUCGCAUCUGACGCGAUGAUACAAUGUUGCGUUGUAGAAUAGAAAUGCUUAUCUAGGACUUGUCUAGUUGAAGUGGACAAUAGCCUGUGUCCCCUUGGUUGAAAUACAGGGUAUCAAGUACAGAUGUAUGAAUGGAAAGCCAAACAUCAAAUCCAAAAUAAACCAAUGCGCGAUAUCCUGUCCUUACCGCUACAUGAAGUGUUGAAACAGGUCAAACGCCGCAGAAUCCAGGGUUGAG